AUGCUUAAUCGGUUUUCUACUUUUUCACUCUGACAUUGAACUCGAGAGAAAAGGGAUUUGAUUUUUUUAUUCUCUUUUAUAAUAUGGGCUCGGAGACGGGUUCAUCGCCGUCGUCUGCUCCGGCGAUCGCAACAGCAGCAGCGGCAUCGUCAUCAUCAGCAACAUCGUCCCCAACUGGUACUGGUAAGAGAAAUAGAGACCCAGAAGACGAGGUUUAUGUCGAUAAUCUUCACUCUCACAAACGUUAUCUUAGUGAGAUAAUGGCAUCAAGUUUAAAUGGAUUGACAGUGGGAGACACCCUACCAGAUAAUAUAGUGGAUUCUCCAUCAAGAUCCGAAAGCAUGCUCUAUAUCAGGGACGAGCUGUCCUUUCAAUAUUCACCAAUGUCAGAAGAUUCAGAUGAUUCACGGUGUUAUGAGGCUUUGACGAACACCAGCUCACCCCAACGUGAGAGUGCACCAACUAGUCCAGUCUCACCCUACCGAUAUCACAGACCAAUGAAUGGGUUCUCAUCAUGCCCUCCCUCCACGUCAUAUCCGUCACAUUCCUGCAACUUCCCUCCUGCCACAUCCUCCCAGCCUCGUCAACGAGGCUCUGAUUCUGAGGGUCGAUUUCCAUCAUCACCCAGUGACAUAUGCCACUCUGCUGACUUAAGGAGAGCUGCACUUUUGCGGUCUGUGCAAAUGAGGACUCAACCUCCUGGACCAUCAUCAUUUGAAUUGCAUUUUACUCCAGGCCAGGAGCCUAAUCAUAUGGAGACUGAGGACCGGCCUUGUUCCUACAUGAAGUCUUUAGUUGACGAGAGAGAAUAUAAGAUUGAACAAUGCUCGUCAAUGAGUGUAUCAGCACCCGAAAAUGGGGAAGAUCCCUGUAGUAUUUUGAAUAUGGGACCAAAAGAAGAUGAAUCUGUAGAUUAAACACAGAACAUGUCAUUGUCAGUUACUGCUAUACUUUCGAGGAUCGAUUGAGCCCUUCAUGCUCAAAGGUAACGACUUCAGAAAACAGUCCUGUUCUAUGACCACCCUCUGUUUACACUAUUACCCGAUUCUGCCAUUGUUUUCCUUGUCUUGUUUCACUUUCCUGCCCCAUGCCUAUCCACUCUCAAAAAAACUUGUUUUGCAAUUAUAAAAACAUGUACAAAAGCACAAGUAUAGGAAAUCUAUGAGCAAUUGGCCAAAUAAAUAUACAUUCAUAGUGUGAUAUGAAUUAGGAUGAUAAGGCAUCAGAGAGGUUGAUUUAUUGUUUGUCGUUGAUCAUCAAGUAGAGAGACUUUAUUUCCAGUUCAAUCUUAAGCUCAGGAAAAGGUUGAAUAAUACAAAUCACAGAA